AUGUCAGCAUGCCGCGUGCGAACGCCGAACAAAAUCCGUUCCCUUCUCAAAAUAACCGGGCUGGGUGCGGGCGUCUUUAGCGCGUACAGCGUUUGGCGAGGAGAUGAGAAAUUCUACAACAACGUGUUUAUGCCGAUCGUACGGCUCAUACCGCCAGAAACGGCACACGAUCUUGCGGUGCUCGGUGUCAAGUGGAAACUUUUCCGCCCAGCGUACCAGGAUACGGACCGGCUGCGGACACAGUUCCUCGGUCUGACGUUCAACAAUCCGAUCGGUAUAGCGGCCGGGUUCGAUAAGCACGGUGAAGCCGUCCAGGGUUUGCAGCUGAUCGGGUUUGGAUUUGUCGAGAUUGGGUCGGUAACGCCCGAACCACAGCCGGGCAAUGCGAGACCACGCAUCUUUCGCCUGAACGAAGAUAAAGCCAUCGUUAACCGGUACGGGUUUAACAGCGAGGGUCACGAUGUGGUGUACGAACGUUUGCGCGAUUCCCGCGCACAGGAACCACCGGACCAGAGGGUCGUGCUUGGCAUAAAUCUGGGCAAGAACAAACUGUCCCUCGAUGCGAUCGCCGACUACGUACAGGGUGUUAGGCGGUUCGGCAGUUUAGCAGACUAUCUGGUGAUCAAUGUGAGCAGUCCAAACACACCCGGAUUGCGCACACUGCAGAGCAAAAGUACACUGCAAACGUUGCUAACGGAGGUGCUAAAAGCACGUGCCACGCUCCCGACCAACGAGCAGCGUCCGAUACUGCUAAAGCUUGCGCCAGAUCUAUCGGAAGAGGAUCUGCGUGAGAUCGUGGACGUCAUACGAGUGAAUGCUUGCGCAGUGGAUGGACUGAUCGUUUCCAACACAACCAUCGAUCGGCCUCCCACACUGAAAAGCAACAAUGCCGGCCAGCUUGGUGGAUUGAGUGGUCCACCGCUGAAGCAACGUUCGACGGCAAUGAUUGCCCGGGUGUACAAGUUAACGGAGGGAAAGGUACCGAUCAUUGGUGUAGGAGGCAUUUUUACCGGUGAAGAUGCGUUUGAAAAAAUUGAAGCCGGUGCCAGUGCGGUACAGCUGUACACGUCCUUCAUUUUCCACGGACCGCCGGUAGUGCCGAAAAUUAAACGCGAACUCCAGCAGCUCUUGGAAGCGAAUGGGUACGCCACCGUUCAGGACGCAGUCGGGACAGGUGUGGACAAAUAUUUGUCUUAAAUGUGAUGCUCCUCAGGAAUUAGUAUAAGCUGAAAAGUGAAUCGAAAUAUAUCUAU